UCUGUCGCCUAUAGGAUAGUCAUAGCAGAGUAGCAGUUCCAAUUCCAAACACAGUGGCAUUGGCAUCGUCAUCCCUCACGGACUGGAGAAGCGAUGGGCUUCCGAUGCUCUUCUCCCAUUUUCAGACCAUUCUCCAAAACCCUAACCUUAGGUCUCCUCCUCUCUCCCCACAAACAACCCUCCCUCCUUCCAAUACGUCUCCCCAGAGCUCUCUCCGCCGCCCCAGCCUUCCAACCCACUCCCUCUCCAAUCCCCGACGACACAGUUGUGAAACCGCAGUGGAAAGCGGCAAUAGAUUUCAAGUGGAUACGGGACAAUAAAGCUGCUGUCGCGGUCAAUGUCAAGAACCGGAAUUCGAAUGCUAAUUUGGAACUGGUACUUGAUCUAUACGAGAGGAUGUUGAAUGUACAGAAGGAAGUUGAAAGGAUUCGUGCUGAAAGGAAUGUGGUUGCUAACAAGAUGAAAGGAAAACUGGAACCCUCUGAGCGUCAGAAGCUAAUAGAAGAAGGGAAGAAUCUGAAGGAAGGACUUGUAACUUUGGAAGAAGACCUGCUUAAACUUACGGAGGAGCUCCAGCAGGAAGCACAACGUAUACCGAAUAUGACCCACCCAGAAGUUCCAGUAGGAGGGGAAGAUUGCUCUGCGCUAAGAAAAAUGAUUGGUAGCCCCAGGGGGUUUGGCUUCCCUAUCAAGGAUCACGUUCAACUCGGGAAAGAUCUAGAUCUCAUUGAGUUUGAUGCUGCUGCAGGGGUCAGCGGGUCAAAGUUCUACUACCUGAAGAAUGAAGCAGUUUUACUAGAGAUGGCCCUUAUAAACUGGACCAUCAUGGAAGUCAUGAGGAGGGGCUUUACACCUCUUAUAACCCCGGAAAUAGUGAGAUCCUCUGUUGUUGAAAAAUGUGGAUUCCAACCUCGUGGGGAAAAUACACAGGUUUAUUCUAUAGAGGGCAGUGAUCAAUGCCUUAUUGGCACGGCAGAGAUUCCGGUGGGGGGAAUCCAUAUGGACUCUAUUCUCACUGAGUCAGCCUUACCUUUGAAGUAUGUAGCUUACUCCCAUUGCUUUCGUACCGAAGCUGGUGCUGCUGGCACAGCAACAAGGGGCCUAUAUAGGGUCCACCAGUUCAGCAAGGUGGAGAUGUUCAUCCUUUGCCGACCUGAAGAAAGUGAUUCUUAUCAUGAGGAGUUAAUUGGAAUUGAAGAGGACCUCUUUUCAUCACUAGGAUUUCAUUUUAAGACCCUAGAUAUGGCUUCAGUGGAUUUAGGGGCACCUGCAUAUCGUAAAUUUGAUGUGGAGGCAUGGAUGCCAGGUUUAGGACGAUUUGGUGAGAUAUCAAGUGCCUCAAAUUGUACUGAUUACCAAAGUCGUCGACUGGGAAUCCGGUACCGCCCUGAAGCAUCAUCGUCCACAAAUCCCCAAAAGGGUAAAGGCAAUCUUGCUCCACCUCAAUUUGUGCACACAUUAAAUGCCACAGCUUGUGCUGUUCCGCGGAUGAUGAUAUGUUUGCUUGAGAAUUACCAGCAAGAAGAUGGUUCCGUUAUUGUCCCCGAGCCAUUGAGGCCCUUUACAGGUGGACUUGAGGUGAUUACACCGAAAUCCAGAUAGGAUAAUGACAAGUUAUAUGUAUUUCAAGUUUCACUGUAUUUGCAGCACUACAUUGCAACUAUUUUUUGCAAAUUCACGGGUUUCAAGUUUCAUUGAUAUUUUUCUUCUCAUUUUUUACCCUAUUUACAUUGAGCAGUACCUUGUUACGCGUCACCAGUAUUUCGAAUAACCGAAAAGAGGGACUAGGCUUAAGGAAACUAGCCAAGUCACAUAAUGUGAGCAAGAGCAUGAAUGUGUCUUGUAAAAACAUUCUAUUCUAUUGGAUGAUUAUUUGACUUAGGUUUUACGAUUCCUUUUUAAUCA